AAAUUCCAAAUGGGCAACCCAGUUGCUUCUUUGCUUCUCCAUCCUACUUUCUCACUCAAAUAAUUUCUUCUAUUCACAGGAGCAACACAGAAAGAGAGAUUAGUAGUAGCAGUAGUUUUGGACUUCUGAUUAACUUAAGAAGCAUCAGUUCCCAAUCAGUUGGAGAUGGUGGUUAUGGAGUCUCUGCUUCUUGGGUCGUUUCCUAAGCCUUCUUCGGUCACUUCUGGUGGAAAUUGUUGGGAGAGUAACAAUUUCAGAGUGGGUCACUCUCCAAGGGUAACCCGUUCUAUAGCAUCAGUCAGAGUUGCCAGGUGCAGAACAUGGAACGUCCUAGAAAGAUAUUAUGUUGCAAAGUUUCCGCUUCCUCGAAUGAACCAUCAUCUUAGAUGUAGUGUGGAAAGAUCUAACAUUUAUCAGAGAAAAAAGGGUGCCCAUUUCUUGGUGUAUACCGCCUCUGGACAGCCUCUUGAAUCUGAGUCAGAUGCUUAUAGUCCUAAGAUUACUUCAAAUUCUGUUCUCAAUGCAUUAGAUGCUUUCUACAGAUUUUCACGUCCUCAUACGGUUAUAGGCACAGCUUUGAGCAUCUUAUCGGUUUCUCUCCUUGCAGUAGAGAAACUCUCGGAUCUUUCUCCACUGUUCUUGACAGGUGUUUUGGAGGCAGUGGUUGCUGCCCUCAUGAUGAAUGUAUACAUAGUUGGUUUAAAUCAAUUAACUGACAUCGAAAUAGACAAGGUUAACAAGCCAUAUCUUCCAUUGGCAUCUGGAGAGUAUUCCAAGGGCAUUGGUGUUAUGAUUGUUGCAUCUUUCUCCAUAAUGAGCUUUUGGCUUGGAUGGGUUGUUGGUUCAUGGCCAUUGUUUUGGGCUCUUUUUGUCAGUUUUGUUCUUGGAACAGCAUAUUCAAUCAAUUUGCCAUUAUUGAGAUGGAAAAGGUUUGCAUUUGUUGCAGCAAUGUGCAUCUUAGUUGUCCGGGCAGUGAUCGUUCAACUUGCCUUUUAUCUGCACAUGCAGACCCACGUGUACAGAAGACCUACUGUCUUUUCCAGGCCUCUGAUUUUUGCAACUGCAUUCAUGUGCUUAUUCUCUGUUGUUAUAGCAUUAUUCAAGGAUAUACCUGAUAUUGAAGGGGAUAAGAUAUUUGGUAUCCGAUCCUUUACAGUGCGCUUGGGCCAAGAACGGGUUUUCUGGACCUGUAUUUCUCUGCUUGAAAUAGCUUAUGGUGUUGCUAUUUUAGUUGGAGCAGCUUCUUCCCACACCUGGAGCAAGUGUAUCACGUUAUGAUGUAGUAGUGAUGGCAUGGCACAGACAGCUGUUGUGUUGAUGAUGUGGCGGUGACAACAUGGCACCUUCUGAUGAUGUGACGUUGAGUGGCAGUGACGUAAGCUGACGUGGUGGAAGCAGAAGUAGAUUAAGAGUUAUGGAGGGUCAGAUGGCUGGAAAUUGUGAAAUUCCGGCGAGUGGAGAUUCGGGUCCAGUUUUGACCUGAAUGGAUCUUUGCCUCUGAUCUUCAUAUGGUGGCCGAAGUUGAUGUGUUGGGGUCGCCUCAGGCUGGCGAGGAGAUCUGCAUUGGCGGCAGGGAGUUUUGGAAGGCCCGAGGCGGUGGGUGUGAAGGGACAGUGGCAUCAGCUUUUGGAUCUGUUUCGUGAAAGACUUUUUUUUUUUCUCCCUUCUUCUUCUUCUUGAUAAUAAACAGUAAACUAAGGCAAUAAAACUUUUGAAGGGUAAGGGUUUGUGAUGGGAAAUUUCUAAGGAAAAGUGAGAACACAAGUGGGAUGUUUGGGAAUUUUUGCAGAAGUUGUGGAAUUUGGAUUGACUUUAGGCUCUGAUAUAAAAAAUUGAUAUAGAACAAAUAAAGAAGAUUAAAGAACUUAGAGAAAUCAAGGACAAAUCAUUGAAGAGAGAACUAAUUCUCAAGAUAUUAUUGAUCUCAUAAAAAUUGUCAUAUCAAAGCUUCUAAAUAAUAGAAAAUUAGCUCUGUUUAUGGAGCUUACAACCUUAAUCAAAUUAGGAAUAGAAAUAUUAAUUCAGCUCUAAUUAGGAAUACUAAAUAAGAAAAUAAGAAAAUAAUAGACCUAAUAAUAAUAAAAUUUCUAAAUAAUACAAACUCUUUAAAUUUCCUAAUUCUAUAAUAAUUAAAAUUCCUAAAUAAAAUUCUAAGCUUCCUAUUAUGCAUUUCUUUGCUUGGGAGCUAUGUUAUAAAUCUCAGUUAAAGCUAAACACUUGGGUGAAAUCAUUUUCCUCGAGUUUGGAGGGAAUUACUUCCCAUGAGUUUUGUAGGUUAUAACUAGCCUUCCAUAUGGAUUCUGAGAUACCAUUUCUGUUGCAAUUCCAAGUUAUCAAUGAUGGAUUCAGAAACCAUUCAUGUCCUCUUUGGUUUAUAACUGAUCCUCAUUGUAUGUGUUGUUCCUUGCAAGUAUGAUUAAGUUAUCAAUUGAUUCCACUCUUGCCUAUGGUUUAAU